AAAGCAAAACACAUUUUUUCUCGAACCGAAAAGCGGCCGCAGAGAUUUGUGCAAUUUAAUGUAGCAAUUUUCAAAGUAUUAUGAGCGAAUACUUUUACUUUGACGUAGAACUCAAAUUUGCUCGAGAUCCGGACCAACUAUUGCCGAUUUACGUGAAGGCGAGCGUGGAACAGUCGCUGCAGAAAGUGUUUGGCGAAAUCGGUGGCCAGACCGUGGUAGAUUUGCUAAAGUUUGACGCCCUGCGACGGCGGAUUAUCUUGCGGGUGCCGAAGAACUUUUAUGUCAAGCUGCGCGCAGCUCUUACACUGAUUGGCGAAUUUCAGGGCGUACCUUGCCAUUUCCUGGUGCGAAAGGCCACUCCGUUGCUGCUGACGCUCGUGGAAACACAUUUGCAGUUCUAA